AUGGUCGGCACGUCGCAGGCACACUCGAUGGCGGGCGCCGGCCACCAUCGUGCCGAAGGCUCACAAACGUCGACAGGACACCUGCGAUCCACGGUCACCCCAUCAGUCCAUCCUCCCACACCUGCCCCUUUCGCAGCUCGCAGAGAUAACAAUGCUCUCAAUGAUGCUGGACCCCUCUCUUCACCAUCACAAACAUCCUCCCUCCAUCGCAUCGCAUCCCGUCACUCCACCAAGGAUCUCAUCGUGAAGGCGCUGACGCGCUUUUGCUGUGGAGCGAUGGAAAUCGAAGCGGAUUCUUCCACGGAUCCUUCCAGGCGCAGGAGCGCGUUCCAGCCUGACAUGUCGGUCAGCCCUUCUCCACUGGCCCCUGCCGUACUUAGAGACUCGAGGGCCGCAUCGAAGCCCGAAGCGCCGCCAAAGAAGCUUUCGGAUCUGUCCGACGUCAAGCUCGUGGGCUACGAGGAUCCUCGAAACUGGAGUUCACCUCGAAAAUGGUCGACUGCAGCCAUCAUCAGCUUCAUGGGCUUCAUAUCACCGUUGGGCUCCUCCAUCGUCGUUCCAGGCUCGCCAUUCGUCGAUAGGGAAUUCAAUCUGCCAAGUCGAACGGUUGCGCUGUUGCCCGUCUCGAUGUUUGUCUUGGGCCUUGGCAUGGGGCCAUUCUUGCUUGCGCCAGCCAGCGAGCUCAAAGGCAGACAACCCGUCUACGUCCUCUCUUCGCUCGUCUUUGUAGCUUUCAACGUCGCUACUGCCGUCGCUCCCAACAUGACUGCCCUCAUCAUCCUUCGAUUCCUAGCUGGCGCAGCAGGCAGUGCAGGACCAAGUCUUGGCGCAGGUAGCAUCGUAAGUACUUACCAUUGGUCGUCGCGCUAGCCGCCGCCAUCAGGCUGAGUCCCUUACCGCACGCUCAUUGCAUCACACUCUCUCAGGGCGACAUGUUCGCUCCUAAUGAACGCGGUCGCGCACAAUCGCUCUACGGUCUCGGUCCACUGCUCGGACCUGUAUGCGGUACCGUAGCUGGAGGUUGGAUCGUUCAAGAUAUCAGAUCUUGGCGUUGGCUCUUGUGGACAUUGACCAUCGUGAGUUCGAUCGAUGGCAUCACCAGCAAAACCAACCGUCGCUGACCGAUCAUGUCGAUGCUUCUAUCGCUCAUCAGUUGUCUGGCGCCGUCCUCUUCAUCAUCGCCGCGUUACUUCGCGAGACUUAUGCACCCGUACUACUGGAGCGCAAAAAACGCAGGGCGGCCAAAGAGCGGCUCGACCAGCUUCCCGCUGCGGUUGCAAACGGGUUGGAUCCCAUCGAAGCCGCCAUCGAGGAGGACUUGCUUCGCCGCGUCGCCACAUCUGGCGCACCAAGAGGCAUGAGUCUGGUGCGCCGGGCUCUUUUCGAAGUCACGCCGGGCGUCGCCGCCCGCACCAAGACCAGAAUUGCCUUUGCUCGGCCUUUUCGGCUGCUUUUCACCAACCCCAUCUGUGCCGUCUUCUCCAUCUACAUGGGAUUCAUUUACGGCAUCAUCUUCCUUUUUCUGACACAGCACCCGCUGCUUUAUCAGCACCGAGAGCCAGACGAGGAGGCGCCCAGACCGGACCAGCUGCCUACCUACGAUUGGAAACCCGGCCCUGCUGGUCUCACCUACAUUGGUCUUGGGUUGGGAUUUUUGACGGCUGCUUUGAUCAACGUACUGUUGCAGGAUUCCAUCUAUCGUCGUCUCGUCGCUUCUAAUGGCAAGCUUGGCUGGUUCUUGUUCGACCUGCCAGAGGUCAUCGAGGCCAGAAUGGCUAACGACAAGCACAUCGACAUUGCUCAACGGGACCAUGACAUGGAAGCUAGCGCUGCUCCAGCCGUAGCAGCACCUGUCACCGCGGAAAAAAUUGCGCCGACGCCGCACUCCUCGGAAGCUCCCGCAGCGGAGAAGCAUGUGGCCGAAACCAAACCUUCUGCACGGGUCACGAAGCCCGUGCUGCCCAUGCCCGUCCGAAAAGGUCGACCAGAAUAUCGUCUGCCGCUUUGCCUUUUGGGCAUGAUUAUUCUGCCCAUGGGUCUCGUCAUCUUUGGAUGGGCAGCAGACCAGCGCGUGCACUGGGUAGCUCCGCUGGUAGGCUCAUACCUCGUGGGUAUGGGUUCCAUCUUGCCCUUUCAGGUUAUCCUCGUCUACCUCGUCGACGCCUUCAUCCCCUUCUCGGCAUCAGCAACAGCCUGCGCCGUCCUCGUGCGAAGCAUCCUCGCCGCUGUAUUCCCGCUCUUUGCUCAGCAAAUGUUUGUUGCAUGGGGCUUUGGAGGUGGAAGCACUUUCCUUGCAGGCAUCUCCCUUCUUGCCGUGCCCGUACCUAUCGUGCUAUAUCGCUACGGCGAGCAGCUGAGAGAACGCUUCAAGUUUCGCCAGUGA